AUGGUUUUACCGGCUCAUUUACAGAACAGUUUGAUGCCCUCAGAGGUUAGUUUUCUCGCAGAGAAUGAAUAUAUUACGAUUUUGCCGAGAUAUUCAAUGAAAAAACUAGAGUUGAUAGGAACCAAAGUACCGACGUUGAGGGGUAUGAGAAGAGAAAAAAUUCCAAUUUGGAUAGCUGUGAUCUUGAAAUCUCAAGAUAAAUGUAAUAUCGUUCCUCCAGAGUGGUUAAACUUGAUAUACUUGAAAGAAAAAUACGAAGAAGAAUUGAAGCAACCACAUAAGUUCAGUGUAUUACCUUGGAACUGGCUUGAAAUUUCGAAAAUUUUACUUAAUAAAGCAGCAGAUGAUUUAUCUGAUCCUACUCAUCAAUUAAGAUCCAUAAUACAAGACUUGAGAGAAAUACGACUUGUUAAGUCUCGAAAAGGUCUAAAGGAAUUGAACGAAUCGAAUAUCCAAUUGGAUGGGCUUUCUUUAUUGGAAAUUAACGAAUUGAGGCCGUUUGUCUUAACUGUCAUGAACAAAUUGAGGCAACUCCACGAAUCCGUGAACACCAAAACAGAUAGAGGAACCGGAAACGACCAGGAUGAUGAUAUGUACCACGAUGUAUCUGAUAAUGAAUGA